GAAGAUGGAGCUCUCUGGCGGGAUGCACGCAGUCUGCGUGACGUAUGAAGCCGGUGCCAUCCAGUUUGAGGAAUUUCCCAAAACCAAAGAGCCAGCCUGGAUUCUGGGGGUUGGGUACAACACUGUGAAAGAUCGCCAGGAGCUUCAGAAUGACAUCAGUUCCAGACUCUGGUUCACGUACAGGAAGAACUUCACACCAAUUGGAGGUACAGGACCCAUGUCUGAUCAAGGCUGGGGGUGUAUGCUGAGAUGUGGACAGAUGAUGCUGGGACAGGCACUGAUCUGUAAUUAAGACUGUUGUGUGUUAACAGGUGGAACAGGUCCCAUGUCUGAUCAAGGCUGGGGGUGCAUGCUGAGAUGUGGACAGAUGAUGCUGGGACAGGCACUGAUCUGUAAUUAAGACUGUUGUGUGUUAACAGGUGGAACAGGUCCCAUGUCUGAUCAAGGCUGGGGCUGUAUGCUGAGAUGUGGACAGAUGAUGCUGGGACAGGCCCUGAUCUGUAAUUAAGACUGUUGUGUGUUAACAGGUGGAACAGGUCCCAUGUCAGACCAAGGCUGGGGCUGUAUGCUGAGAUGUGGACAGAUGAUGCUGGGACAGGCACUGAUCUGUAGACACCUGGGGAGGGACUGGAGAUGGAAGUCUGCUGUCUAUGAUAAUGACUACACCAAGAUUCUGCAACUCUUCCUGGACAAAAAGGACUCCUGUUACUCCAUACAUCAAAUUGCCCAAAUGGGGGUGAGUGAGGGCAAGUCUGUAGGCCAGUGGUUCGGCCCCAACACUGUCGCACAAGUGCUCAAGAAAUUGGCUCUGUUUGAAGACUGGAGCUCAUUAGCUAUUCACGUUGCCAUGGACAACACAGUCAUCAUCGAUGACAUCAAAAAGCUGUGCAGAUCUGCCAGACAGCCGACCCCCUCGCAGGUCACCAACUCCUUCCUGUGUAACGGUGUCUCCGCCGAGCAGACCUCCGCCAGAAGUCGCAGCCCCGCGUUGCCGUGGCAACCGCUGAUGCUGAUCAUCCCCCUGAGGCUGGGCCUCAGCGAGCUCAAUCCCGUCUACACGGACUGUCUGAAGGCAUGUUUCACCCUGAGACAGUCCCUGGGUAUGAUAGGAGGCAAACCCAACCAUGCACACUACUUUAUAGGCUAUGUAGGUAACUCCCUUGUGUACCUGGACCCCCACACCACCCAGCCAGCAGUAGAGCUGGAAGGAAACGUUCCCAUCCCAGACUCCAGCUUCCACUGCACCCACCCCAGCCGUAUGAACAUACAGGACCUCGACCCCUCCAUCGCUCUGGGCUUUUUCUGCCAAGAUGAGGCAGACUUUGCAGAUCUGUGUGAGAACAUGAGAAGACUGAUCAUCGGACAGAAGACACAGAACGCCAUGUUUGAGGUGGUACAGAGCAGACCGGCACACUGGCCGCCCUACGUGCUGCCCACAAGGCCAGAUGGGACCAAAACAGAUUUCACUUCCUUGGAUUACGAACAGGACAUAGGAGACAGACAAUAUGACUCAGAUGAGGAAUUUGAGAUCCUAUGAUGAUUUUCUUUUCUCGCUGUGUCCUGUUAUCCGGUGGACAACAUUGCCACUCCAUCUUAGAUAGAGUAGUUCUGAAUUUCUGUAGAAUUCUUAUUAAGUUAUAACUAACAUCUGAAAUUAACACAGUACAAUCAUUUCAUAAAAAAAGUUCUCAAAGCCUACAACAAAAUUUGAAAUGCCUAAUUGCCUUGGUUCCAACUUUUUCAAGUUCAAGUAAAAUAUAAGGUGGGAUCCAUGUAAAGAAAUGCCACGUGUACAGAUGGAAAUAUUGUGAAUAAUAGCAGAAAAAUACUCUGCUCUUCUGUGGAAUGCAAUUUCAGUUUAGGGGAAGAUGUGCUCUAGUUUGAGAACAGCUCUACUGUGACUCAUAUAUUUGGACUUUGCCUCAAAUGUCUAAAGCUUAACCUGGGAAUCUUUAACUGUGUAUUGUCUCACAUUUUUGUGACUGUGAGAAGAUAGCAACUCAAAUAAGGGACAAGAAUAUUCCAUAUCUCUACAAG